AUAAACUGCCUGCAAUUCGACCUUCUGACCUUACUCACGGCGGCCUGAUUCUAAUUGAAGACCACCAGUUGACAACCAUUCUUUUGACGCUCCACAGGGGCCAGUUGAGAUGUCGUACAUGCCGCUACGAGGAGGGUCGAGGGGAGGGAAGGACCAGUUCCAGUGGGACGACGUGAAGGCCGACAAACAUAGGGAAAACUAUCUCGGUCACUCGGUUAUGGCACCUGUUGGUCGCUGGCAGAAGGGUAAAGACCUUUCAUGGUAUAGUAAGAAAUCAAAGGUUCUGGGUCAAAAAGAAAUCCUGAAGGCGGAGAUUGCAGCUGUGAAAAGGGCAGAGGAAGAAGCAAUGGCAGCUGCACUAGGACUGAAGCCCAAGGCGUUGACGACAGGGAGUGUCUCGAAGCAGGAGCUGGCUGAGGCGUGCAGGCGACAGAGUGUGGACGAGAAAGAGGAGGAGGGGCAGGAGGAGAGGAUGACUGGCCUCGGCUUUAUGAAAUGGUCUCAUCGUCACUCCAGCCAGUCAGCUGCCACUGGAGCUGCCAUGUUUGAGUCCAGACCAGUUCAUGAGGUGGAGAGUGGCCCAGUGGCCCCUCCUUCUCUCCCUCCCCCAUCUCCUUCCACUACCACUGCUACCUCUGUGGCUGCCAGCCAGCACAGGACACAGGAGGGUCUCUUGGUGGAUAAGGACAAGCGUUCCGCUUCUCGACACGGCAGAGGCAAGGACAAAAAUGAAGCCUCCGAUAAAGGACACUUGGAUCCAUUCAGGAAGAAGAAGAGAAAGAAGGAGAAAUCCAGAAAGAAGCCGAAGAAGGAACGCAGCCGCAGAAACCAUCGCAGUUCAUCUAGUGAUUCGGAGGAAGUGACUAGCAGACAGAGGAGGAAACGAGACGAGAGUAGUGGUGACAUUCGAGGAAGAUAACGACCAGAAACGACAAAAGAAGAGACGGCUUCCCAGCAGUAGUGAUUCAGAGGAGGAGGGGAAGAGGGACAAGAGGAGAUUGUCUGAGUGUGAGUCGGGGGAUUGUGACAUUGAAGAGGAGGGGAGGAAGAGAAAGAAGGACAAUGUACGGAGAGAUAGACACGAGGUUGAGAGAGUGAUUCUGAGGAAGAGCAGAGGAGAAAGAGGAGGAAGAGGGAGAAGAGACAGAGGGAGAUAAGCAAGUUGGGGGUGAGAGACUUGGAGAAGGAGGAGGAGAGAAUGAGGAGGAAGAGGGACAAAAGACCAAGGAGAAGAUCCGAGAGUGGGUCGGAAGACAGGGAGAGUAACAAGAGGAGGCGGAGUCCACGGGGGGAUAAAACAAGAAAUUCUCGUCGUCACAGACAUGACAGCUCUAGUGACUAGUUCCUCUCACCCCCAUCCAUUCUCCUACUUUUGUAUAACUAUAAUACCAACUUUUAACGUACAUUAAUAAUGCAAUGAUUGUGUGAGAAUAAAGGAUCUACGUGUGUAGCUACUGGGUUUCAGCUAGUCUUUUCUUUAGUUCUGGCACUAGGCGAGCCAUCUCUACAAACUCCUCUUGUCUGGUGUGAGUGUCCCUAAUCUUGACCCCUCCCCUGGCUGUCUCCUCUUCCCCCAGGAUAACGAGCAGGGG